GCCCAGCCCCACCCCUGGGAGCAUUUAAAUCCCAGCUGGCUCAGCUUGGGGCAUUCAGACCCAGCUCUCCGACAGCACCAUGCAGUCAGUUGGCGUCCUCCUCCUCGUGGGGCUCCUCACCCUCUGGACGGAGCUGCCGGCUGCCUCUGGGCAGAAGAAAGAGAAACCUGGGACCUGCCCACCAGAUGACAUAAGGUGCAUACGGGCAGAACCUGAUGAGUGUGCCAAGGAUUCUGAGUGCAGAGGAAAACAGAAGUGCUGUCAUUUCUUUUGUGCCAUGCGAUGUGUGGACCCAGUAAAAAAGAAACCUGGGACCUGCCCACCAGAUAACAUAAGGUGCAUACGGGCAGAACCUGAUGAGUGUGCCAUGGAUUCUGAGUGCAGAGGAAAACAGAAGUGCUGUCAUUCCUUUUGUGCCAUGCGAUGUGUGGACCCAGUAAAAACAUAACUCCCUGCUCCAUGGAUAGGCCGAGGGCGUCCCGAGGACAGCGCUGACCCAGAUCCCUGUGUCCUGGACUCUCCAGAUCCCUGCAGGCUGUAUACUGGGGCUCAAACGGAGCCUCUGGCACAGUUACAAAUAAACUUGUUUAUGCCUCA